AUGGCCGAUGAGCAGCAGAUUGAUCCAGAUAACGACCAUGUUGAAGCGGAGGAGCAGGACGUUGACUCUGCGCUGGGGGACGACAUGUCAACGUUGACCCAGUCGGUGCGCUCGUCCAUCUUUCAAGGUCGGUACGAGAAUGGCCGACGAUAUCACGUCUACAAAGACGGCAAAUACUUUAUGCCCGAAGACGAGAUCGAGCAGGAGCGAAUGGACAUGCAACACCACGCCAUCAUCACGACAUUGGGACGACAUUUCUUGUCUCCCGUCGAGAACCCCGGGAGAAUUCUCGAUCUGGGCUGUGGAACGGGUAUAUGGGCCAUCCAGGUCGCCGAUGAGAAUCCCAACGCCGAGGUCUUUGGCGUCGAUCUCAGUCCGAUGCAACCCGGCUGGGUGCCUCCGAACGUCAAAUUCGAAAUCGACGACGUCGAAGACACGUGGACGUGGCCCGAUGAUCACUUUUCUCUGAUCUUCUCGAGACUGAUGAUAUCGGGGAGCAUCCAGAACCUCGCAAAAUAUACCCAACAAGUCUUUCGACACCUCUCCCCUGGCGGGUAUUUCGAGUCUCAAGAAGUGCAGAUUCGACUGGGCAACGAUAUCAGAAACAUCCCCGAGGAAGACCCUCUGGCGCUUUGGUGCAAGUACAUGAGGGACGGCAUCGAGCGGAUGGGCCGGUCCCUUGCUCCCGACCUGGACAACAUUGGCGUCGAGAUGCGCAACGCCGGCUUUGUCGACGUCGUGGUCCGCCCGUUCAAGUUGCCGCUCGGGACGUGGCCGAAAGAUAAAAGACUGAAGCAAGGCGGCUCGGCGCAGCUGGUCGCCCUGUACCAAGGGUUACAGAGCAUCAGUUUAGCCCUGUUUACCAGGUGUCUGGGCUGGUCGCCCGAAGAGGUCGAGGUGUUUUUGGCCCAAGUACGAAACGACAUGAUUGCCAAAUCGAGGCAGGGGUUUUACUUUUACAGGUACGUGAAGACCAUCUCUUUUCAUCCCACUUGUCAAAAUGGCUGA